AUGAAAAUUUUUAUUGGAAUUGAUGCAGGAAUUUAUACAAAGACAAAUCUAAUAAUACAAGAAAAACAUCAACUUAAUAAACUUAAUAUAAAUUAUUUUAAUCAUAAUGAAACCAAACAUAUUUUAGUUGGUUCAGUUGGAGGAUGGAGUAAUAUUCGACCUUUAAUAGAAAUUUGUAAGAUUUUAAUUGAUCGUGGACAUAAUAUAACAUUUAUUUCGCCAAUACCAUCAUUAUCAUUAUUAACUGAAGAGGAUUAUUAUUGGUUACAAAAUUCUUCAAUAAUUAAUCAUAUUCCAUCAGGACCUUCAUUUAAUAUAAAAGAUAUACCAGAAUAUCAAAAAAUCAUUUCAGAAGAUUAUAAUAUUAAAAUGUUUGGAUACUUGAUAAACUAUUUUAAUUCAAAGUAUUUAAAUAAUUUUAAUUUAUAUAAAAAAGUUGCUAAUGAAAUGACAAAAGUUGAUUUAUUUUUUUGUGAAUUAUUUUUAAAUGAUGCUUGUAUUGAUGUUGCCUGGUUAAUGAAUAAACCUUUGGUUACUAUGUCAUCUAAAUUAUCAAUGUCAUAUGCACCAUAUAAAUCCGAUCCAAUGAUAGGAUGUAAUGUAAAUAUGGAACAAGAGACAUUUUUUAAGAGAUUUAAGUGUGCAAUCAUUACACCUAUUCAAAUGAAUAUUAUUCUUUCACCUUAUAUUAAAGAAUUAGAUGAAUUAAGAAGGAGAGUUGGAAUUACAAGUUCUAAUUUUUCUGAAAAAUUACAAAAUUCAUUAUUUUUAGCUGAUACAUUUUUUGGUUUUGAGACUUCACAUCCAACUUCUCCACUUUAUCAAGAAAUUGGACCAAUAAUGGCAGAUGAAUACAAAACAUUACCAAAAAAACUUUAUAAUUUUAUAACAUUACAUAGAAGGAUUAUAUAUAUCAAUUUUGGAACACAAAUUUAUACAACAUCAAAGAAUAAUGCAAUACUUCUUCAAGCAUUUAUUGAAGCAAUAAAUAAUAGGAUAAUAGAUGGAAUAAUUUGGACAUUUGAUUCAUUUAAUUCAACAUCAACAAAAGAAUUAUUUCCACCUACAAUAAAACUUUCAAAUAACGAAAUUAUAAAUACUUUAAAUAUAUUAAAUAAUAAUUAUCAUCCAAGUAUACAUUUUACAGAUAAUUAUUCAACACAAUUUUCAAUAUUAAAUCACAAAAAUAUUAUAAUACAUUUAACAAAUGGAGAAUUAGUAAGUAUUUAUGAAUCUUUAUAUACAGGAACACCGAUGUUAUUAUUACCAAUUGCAUUUGAUCAAUUAAGUAAUAGUGAAAAAUUAUUAAAAAGUAAUGUUGGAUUAUUACUUUCAAAAAAUUCACUUAAUAUUCGAGAUAUUAUAAAUAAGAUAAGAAUAUUACAAAUGGAUAAAAAAAUAUUUUUAAAUAUGGAAAGGAUGAAAAAUUUAGUUAUAAUAAAUUGUAAAAGAAAAUUUAGAGCAGCAGAUUUAAUUGAUUUCGUUUUAUAUUCAAACAAAUUAAAAUUAAAUUGUAAUAAUCAAGAAGAAGAUGAAGAAGAGAAUUGUGAUAAUGAAGAUUUAAAAGUUUGGAUUACACCUGAAUCAAGAAUGGGGUUCAUAAAAGGAAAAUAUUUAGAUAUCAAUUUGGAAAUUUUGUAA